GCUGACAGUAAUUGAAAAUAUCCCCGCUUCUUGCACAUGCUUUGCACACUGAGGAAGAGCAAAAUUGCUGCUUCUUUCUGUAAGCUCCAGUUUGGAAAUCUAUCACGGAAAGAAUGGAAGCGACUAAAUGGACCUGAGAGAACCAUAUUAUGAAGUAUCCAGGCUUUCAGCUGCAAGCUCCAGGUGUAAAAUCAGAAGCUGUGAGCAGUGUUUUCCUCCCGCAUUUUGGGCGGGAGGUGGACCAACUGCACAGUGACAGAUUAUGCAGAUCCUCUCGGAGCAUCUCAUCAAUCACGGUGGCGCGAGAGGGACGCGGCUCAUCUCCGAACUAGGCUGCGUGGCGGCGGCCUCGCGUGAAGCAUCCCCCCGCCGGCGUGACAUCAGAGCAGCUCGAGUCCUUGAAAGUCUCGGGGUUGAUUAGCAGAGGAACGGGCUGCUCCUGCCAAUCACCGCCCCGAUACUCGUGGAGAUACGAGGCAGAGGGAGGCUGGCUCCGGCAAACGGGAGGCACGGCAGCAGUGGCACUAGUAACAGGAGCAGCUGGUAUUCGGGUGAUUAAAUAGUUCUCGCAGCCUUUUCGCUGCGCUCCGGCUGCUCCUUGGUGUAAUCCCCGUGUCCGAGAAGGAAGCUGCAUUUUAACGGUGAGCUGAGCAGAGGUUUGAAUCGUUCCAGCUGGCUGCUUGUUUGGAAAAGGACAGCCUGUGUAUAAAUGAGAUGUGACUGUGCCGGCAGAGUUCAGUCCCUGGGACUGGAGUGAGAGGAGCCUUCCCGGGAUACUCCUCUGACAGCUGCUAUCAAUUGAAAACUCUCUCUAGCUUACCUGGAGCUGCGUGAGGAGAUGUGAAUAGAAGACGUCUUUUUCCUGCACACUAGGAAAAGAAAUUCUUCUCUAGAUAAUGUUAAGAGUUUUCUUCAUUGAUUAUUGGCAACUGCUGCAUUCUGAGAAAGCCUCUUUCAAUUUAGCUUUCCAGAUCCUUUGAUUUCCUGCUCCAACAGCUUUAUAAUCUCUCCAACAACUUCAUAAAUGCACUGCAAUGGUCACAUGAACGUCUCAGGAGAGGAAUCAACACCUCCACGUCUCACUGUUAUUAUGGCACUUUAGAAAGAGAAAACCAAAAAGAAACAAGUCCAGGUCAAGUUGGAAGUCUUACAAAAGAUGAAUCUAAUAGUGAGGCUCCGAAGAAGUUUCAGAACCCUGGUCAUUCUCCUGGCUGCCUUCUGCCUAGCAAGUAUUGUCAUUUCUGCCUAUUACCUGUACACUGGCUACAAGCAGGAGAUGACUCUUGCAGAAACCACUGGAGAAGCAGAGUGUGAACAUCUCAAGCUUUUACCAUACAGGUCCAUGGAGCUGAAAACAGCUAAACCAAUUGAUCCAUCUAAAACUGAUCCCACCAUCCUUCUCUUUGUGGAAAGUCAGUACUCCCAGCUGGGACAAGACAUCAUAGCCAUCCUUGAAUCCAGCAGAUUUCAAUACCACAUGGUCAUUGCUCCUGCCAAGGGAGAUAUUCCCCCUCUCACAGACAAUGGAAGAGGAAAAUAUACGAUUAUUAUAUACGAGAAUAUUUUAAAGUAUGUAUCCAUGGACUCAUGGAACAGAGAGCUUCUGGAAAAAUACUGCGUGGAAUACAGUGUUAGCAUAAUUGGUUUUCAUAAAGCCAAUGAGAACAGCUCCCCAAGUACAAAACUGAAAGGCUUGCCAUUACAUCUUUACAAUAACAUUGCCCUCAAAGAUUGUGUUGUAAACCCUCAGUCUCCCCUUCUGCGCAUUACCAAAGCACCAAGGACUGAGAAAGGCCCACUGCCUGGUGAAGACUGGACAGUUUUCCACUUCAACCAUUCCACCUACCAACCUGUGCUUUUAACUGAACUGCAGACUUCCAGGCCAACCCCCAUGGCAUUGCCAAAGGCUGCUCUGUAUGCAACUGUCAUCCAGGACAUGGGGCUUCAUGAUGGGAUUCAGAGAGUUCUUUUUGGAAACAACCUGACUUUCUGGUUGCACAAGCUGAUCUUUAUUGAUGCCAUCUCUUUUCUGUCAGGGAAGAAGCUCACACUGUCCUUGGAUAGAUACAUUCUGGUUGACAUUGAUGACAUCUUUGUUGGGAAAGAGGGAACAAGGAUGAAUGUCAACGAUGUGAAGGCUUUACUAGAGACUCAAAAUGUACUGCGCACUCAGGUUGCAAAUUUUACCUUCAACCUUGGAUUUUCAGGAAAAUUUUACCACACAGGCACUGAGGAGGAAGAUGAAGGUGAUGACCUGCUGUUGAGGUCUGUGGAUGAAUUUUGGUGGUUUCCUCAUAUGUGGAGUCACAUGCAGCCUCAUCUCUUCCACAAUGAGUCAUCACUGGUGGAGCAGAUGAUCCUCAACAAAGAAUUUGCACUGGAGCAUGGCAUACCAACUGACAUGGGGUACGCAGUGGCUCCACACCACUCUGGAGUCUACCCAGUCCACAUCCAGCUGUAUGAGGCCUGGAAGAAGGUCUGGCGUAUCCGAGUGACCAGCACAGAAGAAUACCCACACUUGAAGCCUGCACGGUACAGACGGGGCUUCAUCCACAAUGGCAUCAUGGUGCUCCCUCGACAGACCUGUGGCCUUUUCACUCAUACUAUUUUUUACAAGGAAUAUCCAGGGGGUCCUCAGGAGCUGGACAAAAGUAUCCGAGGAGGUGAACUUUUCCUCACCAUUCUCCUGAAUCCUAUCAGCAUCUUCAUGACCCAUUUGUCCAAUUACGGGAAUGACCGCCUGGGGCUGUACACCUUCUCAAACCUGGCCAACUUUGUGAAGAGUUCAACCAACCUGCAACUACAGACACUGCCACCCAUCCAGCUGGCACACAAAUACUUCGAGCUCUUCCCUGAGCAGACAGACCCCCUUUGGCAGAAUCCAUGUGAUGACAAACGACACAGAGAUAUUUGGCCCAGAGACAAAACUUGUGACCAUCUACCCAAAUUUCUUGUGAUAGGACCCCAGAAAACAGGAACAACAGCACUUUAUUUAUUUCUUCUGAUGCAUCCUUCCAUUAUCAGUAAUCUCCCUAGCCCAAAAACUUUUGAAGAAGUUCAGUUCUUCAAUGGGAACAACUAUCACAAAGGAAUUGACUGGUACAUGGAUUUCUUCCCCACUCCUUCCAAUACCACCACCGACCUUCUCUUUGAGAAAAGUGCCAACUAUUUUCAUUCUGAGGAAGCUCCUAAACGAGCAGCUUCUCUCAUCCCCAAGGCCAAGAUCAUCACCAUCCUCAUCGACCCAUCUGACCGUGCCUAUUCUUGGUAUCAGCAUCAGCGCUCUCAUGAGGACCCCACUGCUCUGAAAUUCAAUUUUUAUGAAGUCAUUACGUCAAGCCCCUGGGCACCCUCAGAGACAAGGACUCUCCAGAAGAGGUGUCUGAUGCCUGGAUGGUAUGCUGUCCACAUUGAACGAUGGCUAACUCACUACCCAGCUUCACAGUUGCUAAUUAUUGAUGGACAGCAGUUAAGAAGUGACCCAGCUACUGUGAUGGAUGAAGUGCAAAAGUUUCUUGGAGUCUCUCCUCACUAUAAUUACUCUGAAGCUCUAACGUUUGACCCUCAGAAGGGCUUUUGGUGCCAGUUACUGGAAGGAGGGAAAACAAAGUGCCUGGGAAAAAGCAAAGGUCGAAAAUACCCACCCAUGGACCAAGAGUCCCGAGAUUUCCUGUCAAGCUACUACCGAGAGCACAACGUGGAGCUGUCUAAGCUGCUGCACAGGCUGGGGCAGCCCCUGCCUUCCUGGCUGAGACAGGAGCUGCAGAAGGUCAGGUAGCACACACGAGCAGGGGUCCAGCCAAGGAUCAUUUCCUUCACCGUGAAACCCCUGCUUCUCCGACUCACCUGUGAUCGUCAGUAGAGGACCUCGUGAACAAUGCUCUUUCUUUUUUAAAAAACAAAAAAACAAACAAAAAAAAACCCAACAAUAGAAAAGAAUAAAAAAACCAACAAGUGUUUAUAUGCACGUGCUGACAGUUAUUAGCAUCAACCCUUUUUGUCAGCUUCCAGGAAAUAUUAUGGAGCUAUGUGGCAUUACUCUUUACCCAGAACAGGAUUCGUGCAUAGUCUAGUCCCUCUGUUCACCAGAAAGUACCAGAAACUGUGUGUAGGACAGAUUGACUUCAGUGUGUAUGACAAAUUGCAGUCUGUCAGGACACAGUCAAAGGAUGGGAACAUCUCUCGCUGGAUUGUGAGUUCAUCCUCUUAGUGCAACUGCAAAGGUGUGGACCUGCCUAUGGAUUUGUCUCCAUCACUAUCCUAUCUAGAAAAGCUACUAAAACCAAACGAGGACUUGCAAACAACACAGAUUCUGAAGUGAUCAAUGUUCUAGUGACUGGAUAACUUUUCUAAGACUUAAUAUCAUUUCUGUAGUACUUCAAAACAAAAGACAUUCUCUUGAUAGAGUUGAGGAAAAACUUCACAGUCUUGCCCAAGCCUUUUCUUUGUUUUUUUCCUUCUUGCCCCAUGUGACGACAGCAAAUCCAGAUAAACAAGUACUUGGUGUUGAAGAAAAAGGAAUCAAAAUGCAUUUUAAUCACUCAAAACAUUUUUGUUGGGGGGUGGUGAGGGAGGUCAAAGUCAAUAUUUG